AUGGACAAUGAAAUUUCCGAUUCGUCUGACGAAUACACUCCUGACGUUAAUAACGAAUCAUUAAUUGUAAAUGGACUUUUUGGAAUUGCUGAUGAAGAAAAUAAUGUUGAGAAUACUACGGCUCAGGAAUUUACUAAUGAUAUUAAUAUGGAAGCAGAAGAAGUAGUUGAAACAAUAAUUAAUAAACUUUGUAAUGAAAGUGAUAAACAUGUUAUAAAAAUCACUGAAGAAAAGAAUCAUAACAACAGUGACUGUGUUCAAACGGCUGAGAGUAAUUGUUUUGGUAGUCGUAUGAUAUGCUCAGAGUCCGCUGAUUUGGAUCACUCAGAAUUACCGUACUCGUUUGCUAGUAUAUCUAAAAACUAUGAAAAAUCAAAAAAUGUUGAUGCUCCAAAAGAUUUCGAUAUAUUGCCCGAACCGGAUUCUAAGUCAACUGUUGUAUUAUCCGAAGGAAAUUUACCGUCAACACUCUCUUUAAUUUCUACAAACUACCAGGACUCAAGUUCUGAUGAUAGCGAUAUUAGUGAUGAUGAUGAUUCAAAUAAUGAUGAUCAAUUGAUUGAUUCUGAUAAUGAAAACAGCAUCAUUUCUGUAUCAUCCAAUACAUGUUCAAAAGAAUAUGUUAAGACCAAAGGAGAAUUAGAUAUUAGUGAUUUGCCACCCAUUGAAGAUUUAAAAAUAUCAGUGGACGAAGCCAAAUGUCAACCAGUUGGAUGUAUUAAAAGUGUUGUUGAUACUUUAGUUAUAGUAGAAGCAUUUUUAAAUCAACCUGCAUUGGACAUUGACUCUGUACUAUUUGUGGAUCGGGGAAAACGAGCUUUAGGAAGAAUAUUUGAUGUAUUUGGGCCUGUAAUUAAACCCUUCUACGCAAUUCGUUUCAAUGAUUCUAACCAUAUCAAAAAGUUUGAUAUACAAAUUAAAGAACCUGUAUACUGUGCUCCUCAGACAGAAUACGCAAGCUAUGUUAUGGUGUCUCAGCUUAUGAAAAUGAAAGGAAGCGAUGCUUCAUGGAGAGACAAUAAUGAACCUCCUUGUGAGUUUUUAGAUUAUUCUGAUGACGAAGCAGAAAAGUUAGCAAAGAAAAAACGAAGACAGAAAAAAUGUAUACAAAUUUCAGAAGAUGAUGAUAUAGUAGAUAAGGAAAAAUCGCCUGAUCCUCCCAGUCAACGUGUGGUCAGGAAUAACUCCACACCAAGGAAUAUGACACCAAGAAUUCUGACACCAAGGAGUAUGACGCCAAGGAGUAUGACACCAAGAAGUAUGACACCAAGGAGUAUGACACCAAGGAAUAUGACACCACAUCCAUCUUAUCAAAAUUCCAAUAACCGAACACAGCAAACAUACAACCCCCAUCCUCCUAAUCAUAGUAACCAUGACCAUAACGGUCCCAGACAAUUUCCUACCUAUGCUCAGCAUUUAAGUUCAAUGGAUUACAGUCACGCCUACCGCCAACCAUACAAUCCAUGGUAUUAUGAUCAAAUGCACGCACCAAGACAUAAUUACCCACAUCAACAACAAUACAUGCCACCAGGGUAUGAUUACCGAUCUCAACCACCAAUGGAUCCAAAUAUUCCAAAUAAUCCAAAUAAUCCAAAUAAUCAAUUUCACUAUAAUAACCAUUUUGAUUAA